CAACUUACAAAAACCCAAUUAACUACAAACAUGUACAAGGCUAUAGUUCUGUUCUGCGCUUCUGCGCUUGUUCAGACCAUCUCGACCCAACGGAUCAUUUCUGGAUAUGGAUUAGCCGCUCCAUUGGCCGCUCCAUGUGAAACCAUCGCUCCAGUAGCCGCACCAUGUGAAACUAUCGCUCCAAUUGGCAUCUGCGAAUCCGCAUGGGCUGUUCCGUUCGGCAAUGGAUUCGGCCCGGCUGCGCUCGCCGCGUCCAACGGCAGAGGAUUGACAGUGACCAGCGCGUCGCCCAUUGCACCCACCGGGGUGUACAUGACGUCAGAGAACGCGUACGAGGGCCCGCUGUCUGUGACCGGCGCUAUUCCGUUCUUGGGCGCCGUAGCUCUGGAAGGCGCCCUGCCCACCGUCGGAGGCGGCGCCGUCACCUAUGGCUGCGGAAACGGCAACGUGGCGAUGAUCAGCGAGGACCUCGCUGCUGGCUUCGGCUACUCCGGCCUAGCUUACGACGGACUCGCCGGACCUUUCGGCUACCCUGGAGCUUACGGCCAACCUGGAUAUGGCGCGUGUACUGGCCCUCGGUACUGAAAUGUUAUUAGUUUUUUAUGAAUAAACUUUUGUUUUUCUGGAACUUUC